AUGGCGACAGUGGACAACCGAACCGCUUACUGGGAGCAGGCCAGAGAGCAGGGAUUCGACCUUUCCUGGCUCAGCCAGCUUGAAGAGCAUGUGGCCGGUCAAGAUGUGGAAGAAGUUUCCGCCAAUAAUACUGGACGCGUCCAGGGCUCUAUCCCCCGCAACGACGUGGCCCAAUUCGGCGCCUACACCUUUCGCACCAAGAGCGAGGUCUGGGCAUACAACCUGACCAAGCUUUACGAAGAGUUCAUCACCCGCCAGUGGAGUUCGGCCACCGACAUUCCCUGGGAAACUAUCCAGCCCCUGCCCGACGAUAUUGAAGCCGCCCAAUGCCAGUUGGCUACCUUCUUCACCCAGGUGGAGUUCGUCGCCUCCGAUGUGCCAGGCCGGUUCCUCUCUACCAUGUCUCCCGACUAUCAGGAAGUACGUCUUGCCCUGUUAGCCCAGGUGAUGGACGAGUCCCGGCACCUGGAUGUUUUCCGUAAGCGGGCCCUGUCCAACGGUGGCGGCCUGAUGCGCAUGACCGACAGCGUCUCUGACGUGGUAGGUGGCAGCACCGAUAACGCCCGCGAGUUCACCGAAUUUUCUUCCCGUCUUCAUAUCACCGGCGAAGGCAACGUGCUUACUCUCUUCCGCCUCGGCGAAAUGAUGGCCUACAACGAGGCGGAGAAGACAAUCUACCGUCGCUGCGCCCAGGAUGAAGCCCGCCACGUGGCCAUCGGUGUGCUUCAUUUGCGCUACAUGAACGAAUUUGCCCCGGAAAGGCGCGAAGAGAUCCACUGCUAUUUGGACGAAGGCGAAACUCGCCAGUCCAGCGGCGCCGGCGGCGAGAACCCGGCGGGGCGUAACCAGCUGACCAGCGAGGCUUUGGCUGUGCUGCUGGGUGGUGGCAAGGACAAGGUGGACGAAGGCCAGAAAAUCCUGAUGGCCAUCCGCCAGCGCCAGACCAAGGAAUACUUCCAGAGGCUCAAGUCCGCCGGUUUCGACGACCGGAUCCAUAAUGGACGGGUCAAUCCGGUAUUGCUGGAGCAAUACAAAGCCGCCGCAUAA